UUCAGCCCGUCACCGAGACGGCCACGGAUCUGGCCCAUAUAUAGAGAGGUGACGACGCCACGCAGUCGUUGCUCUAUUCAAUCCCCAAUCCGGGUGUCAAAAAUCAAAACUGUUCCGCCGCCGCCGUGGAUGGACGCAACAGAAGCUUGCCCUGGCGCUGGCCUGCAACGACCAUCCGAGUUUGACUUCAUGUUCACCGACGAGGGGUGGGCCUUGCUGUCCGAGGAGACACGCCGUUCAAUUAUAGGAGUUCUGGAUCAGGACAGAGAGGAGAAGACCCGCCUCCUAGAGCGCCGUCAGUCCCGGUCCCGGAAGGACCGCCGCAAGGAUCCUCGGCCGGACAAACAGACACACCCUAGCAAGAGCCUCGACCGUAACACCUGUCAAGGGAUGUUCGGGAUUCAGAUAACUUUUUGUGGAUCCGACAGCAUCGUGUGCUCAACCAUUCAGACUCUGCGCUGCCGCCGAUGCGCUAUACUUCCUGCCAACUCCUUGGGAACGGAUGCUCUCAUUAUCCUCAUCCUAUGCUACAAUUCCUUGAUGUUUUUGUCCAGUUUUACAGGAAUGCCUUGAAUAUCAUGCGUGGCAAUACACAUAUUGAUGUCUAUGGCUUGCUUGCUGUAAGGGAUUCCUUGGAUUCUUCCCGGGACUAUAUUUUUCACCGUUCCAGAGAGAACGCUCAAGCUAUCGACGUGAAUGGUGGUUAUCUAAGUCUGAGCUACCCUGCACGGGGCAUAUCUGCAAUGGGCUGCCUGAUUGAAAUUGAUAUAAAGAUCAAGGGCAAGGAUGUUGACAAAGAUUUGUCGAUUAUUGAUGGAUCUGUGAAAGCCUUUGGGCAGUUUGACUCGAGGACUGCUAACCAUGUUGAUAACGUCAAUGGUAAAAUUAUAUUCAAGACACAUGUUGUUCGUAAAGGUGUCGAGGCAACUAUAGACCUCGAUUUUGUGGAGGUGCCAAUAGGCGGCUUCAAUGUGCGGAUGCGUGGUAAAACUGUCCGUGGUAAAGCUGUUUACUCCUUUAUCACUGAGCGUUGUGAUGAUGACAGUUUUAUUGCUUCACCUGGGAAGCAUAAUAAGAAGUUUGUAGCGGCUGUGAGCAUAGGUGAUACACUAUGUGUAGACUUCAUGGAGAAAAGGCGAGAAGCGCUCUCUUUUGUAUCAUCCAAGCACGGCAACGAGGAGCUACCUUACCGAUUCAGCAAUGGAGCUUUGGUCUUUGUUAAAGUCUAUUGGUCAACCAUCGUCGAGGGUUGACCAUUGGGUCUGUAAUCACUGAAAGAAAAGAAAGAUAUCAUUAUUGUCAGUUUUGAAGUUUUUGAUCUUUA